GAACUGGUACUUGUAAAAAUUUACAAUAUGAUGUAGAUGCGUCUAAGCAUUUAACCAACUGUUGGUAUCUUCAGAUAUUCAACCAAUAUUGCUCAAAUAAUGAUCCUCCCGAGAAUAUUGAUGAUUUCCUUUUACCACUUGAUAUCUCGAGUUUACCUGACAUAUAUGCUGUUGGUAUUCAAGAAAGUAUGCAAUCAAGAUCUGAAUGGGAGAUACUAAUACAGACUACACUAGGUCCUUCCCAUGUUCUUUUUACUUCUUCUUCUUUGGGUGUUUUGCAUUUAUCUAUCUUUCUGAGACGGGAUCUAAUUUGGUUUUGUUCAGAACCUGAAGAUGCUAGUGUUGCUACAAGACCUGUAUCUAUGGUGAAAACUAAAGGAGCAGUUGCAAUUUGCUUUACAUUCUUUGGUACAUCAUUUCUGUUUGUUAAUUCACAUUUAACAGCACAUGAGCAGAAGUUAAAAGAAAGGUUACUGGAUUAUGAAAAAAUAUGUGAAGCAUUAGAUCUUCCUAAAUCUAUUCCACGCAAAUCUCAUCAUAAUAGUAAAGAUGUUACCUCACGUUUUGACUGUGUUUUCUGGGCUGGUGAUCUCAAUUUUAGAGUUAUGAAAGAUAGGCGUUCUGUUUUGUCUUUUGUGGAAGAAAGAAAUAGAAAAUGUCAACCUUCUAGUAACUCUCUCAUGAAACAUGAUCAAUUAUGUAUAGCAAUGGCUGAAGGUUCUGCAUUCCAUGGUUUUAAGGAAGGCAUAGUCAAUUUUAAUCCUUCUUACAAAUUUGAUGUUGGAACAAGUAGAUUUGAUUCUACAAAACAAAGAGUGCCAUCUUAUACUGACCGCAUUUUAUACCGGUGCAGAGAAAAGUCAUCGAUCUAUUGUGUUCAUUACAAUGCAGUAUCAAGUAUACUGACUUCUGAUCACAAACCUGUUUUUGGUGUUUUUAAUGUCACUCUGAAGCCAGGAAGGGACAAUGUGCCCUUAGCAGCUGGUAUGUUUAAACGUGAAGUAUAUUUAGAAGGUAAGUUCGACCCACAUGAUAAAACAUUAAAAUUGUAUUCACAUGUGAUUUAAUGCAAACAUCUUUUG